UUUCCGAAGCCAAAAGCCAAAUCCCGGUCAAAAAUUCUUUCUUUUCGAACCAGUGAUCAACAUGGGUAUCUCCCGUGAUAACUGGCACAAGCGACGUGCAACCGGAGGCAAGAAGAAAGCCAUUAGAAAGAAACGAAAAUACGAACUUGGUCGACCACCUGCCAACACCAAGCUUGGUCAAAAACGAAUCCACACAGUAAGAACUAGGGGUGGAAAUAGAAAGUUCAGAGCUUUACGUCUCGACCAUGGCAACUUUUCCUGGGGAUCUGAAAGCAUUACCAGAAAAACCCGUGUCAUGGACGUUGUAUAUAAUGCUAGCAACAAUGAACUUGUGAGAACGAAAACUCUUGUGAAGAACUGCAUUGUUCAAGUUGAUAGUAAUCCCUUUAGACAAUGGUAUGAGUCACAUUAUGCAACCCCUCUUGGAAGGAAGAAGGGAACAAAAUUGACGGAAACUGAAGAAGAGGAAUUGCAAAAAAAGAGGUCGAAACAUCAGGAGAAGAAGAUGGAAGGACGGAAAGCCACUGCUAAAGUUACGCCUGGUCUCGAUGAACAGUUUGUGACUGGACGGCUUUAUGCAUGCAUCUCUUCAAGACCUGGUCAGAGUGGUCGAUGUGAUGGUUAUAUUUUGGAAGGCAAAGAACUUGAGUUCUACGUCAAAAAGAUAAGAGCAAAGAAGAGCAAAUAGAUUGUAAAAAUGCUGUUCAAAACAAAAUAAAUAAAUUGAAACCA